CUCGCCGGGCGUUUCAAAAGCCCUGCAGUCGAGCUGUACGUACGCUUCGAGGUCGGACCGUCGCAGAUCUAUCUGUUUACACCUCCGGCCGAACGCCGACUCUUCGCUCCUAGCUCUCCUCCUCAUCGGGGGCCGACAUGGUCCAUCUCUUGCACCCGUCGCGGGUGCCCCGGAGCCUUGUGCCCCCGGACGCCCGGAGCGACGCCCAGGGCUGGCGCGUGGUGCAGGAAGAAGCAUCACCUUACCCAUUGGUCAGUACUUGCCUGAAUGUCCUGAUUGCUAAUCUAGAGAAGUUGUGUCCUGAAAGACCUGAUGGAACGCUGUGCCUUCCAGAACAUUGGAAUUUCCCACAAGAAGUAGCUGACCGGUUCCUUGGGAUGCUGGCUUGGCAAGGAAAGCUGACCGAUAAGACAGCAAGCAUUUUCCAAGGCAACCAAAUGAACCUGAAGCAGGUCAAAAUCCAGAAAGCAAAAAUCUCUGCCACUGCCUUCAUUAAAUACUUCUGCCAUCAGAAGCUCACUGAAGUGGAUGCUACUGCAGUACACUCUGACCUUCCAGUCCCAGACAUCAUACGUGGACUGUGCAGCAGUAGCUGGAUCCAGCAAAACCUCCGGUGUCUCCUCCUAGACUCAACAAGUGUCCCUCCCAAUUCAAGACCGCUAUCCUUUGGUCAGCUCACUGGUCUUCGCACUUUAAGUGUUUUCAAUGUUUGCUUUCAUAGUGAAGAUCUGGCUAAUGUUGCUCAGUUACCAAACCUGGAAAACUUGGAUAUCUCUAAUACUCAGGUCACCAACAUCUCUGCACUCCUUACCUGUAAGGAUCGACUCAGAUCUCUCACAAUGCACUAUUUGAAAUGUCUGACCAUGACCAAACCACAGGUUUUUGCAGUCAUCAGCGAACUUAAAUGUCUGCUUCACCUUGAUAUUUCUGGUCACAAGCAAUUCAGGUCAGACCUAGCUUUUCAUUUGCUACAGCAGAAGGAUAUCCUGCCUAAUAUUGUGUCCCUGGAUAUUUCUGGGAGCAGUUACAUCACUGAUAGAGCUGUAGAACAGUUCAUACAGCAGCGGCCUGCAAUGCAGUUUGUGGGACUCUUGGCUACGGAUGCUGGUUAUUCUGACUUCUUUACUGCAAAGCAAGGCUUAAAGGUUGCUGGAGGAGCCAAUAUGAGUCAGAUUUCUGAGGCACUGAGCCGAUACAGGAACAGGACAUGUUAUGUGAAGGAAGCUCUCUACAGACUCUUCGCAGAAACGUUUUCAGUACAUGUAACCAUGCCUGCCAUAUUAAAGCUUGUAGCUGUAGGAAUGAGGAAUCAUCCUUCGGAUUUGACAGUGCAAUUCACAGCCAGUGCCUGUGCCCUCAAUUUAACGCGCCAGGGCCUCGCCUGGGGGAUGCCUGUGCGUCUGUUGUCAGAGGUCACCUGUCUGCUUUUCAAGGCUCUGAAAAAUUUCCCCACUUAUAGACAGUUACAGAAGAAUUGUCUUCUCUCCUUGACCAAUUCCAGAAUUCUUAUGGAUGUUCCAUUUGAUAGGUUGAAUGCUGCCAGGUUUGUCUUAGGAUGGCUCUUCAGGAACGAGAACCCCAAGGUCCGGACCAUGGCAGUAAGCAUCGUCUCCAUCCUCGCCCUUCAGCUGUCGCGUGAGCAGGUCACACAACUUCAUGAAGAUCUCUUUAUGGCAAUCAAGGAACUUCUAGCAAUAGUAAAACAAAAGACUGCUGAGAAUUUAGAUGAUCCCACCCUUUUGUUUUCUUUGAAAGCACUUUGGAAUCUUACAGAUGAGUCUCCAGCUACCUGCAAGCAUGUUAUGGAAAAUCAAGGAUUGGCGAUCUUCAUCAAAGUUUUAGAGACUUUUUCAGAGUCCACAAUACAAAGCAAAGUACUUGGUCUUUUGAGCAACAUAGCUGAAGUCAGAGAGCUCUCCACCAAGCUGAUGACUGAAGAUGUUGUGAAGCACAUCAGCACUUUACUCCACAGCAAGCAAAUAGAAGUGAGCUAUUUUGCUGCGGGUAUAAUAGCCCACCUGACAUGUGACAAACAGCCCUGGCUGCUCUGUGACCUGCGGAGGAGUGCUCUUCUCCGGGACUUGCAUGCAACCAUCCAGAAAUGGCCUAGUUCAACAUGUAAGAUGUCAGCAUUGGUGACCUACAGAUCCUUCAAAGCAUUUUUCCCACUCCUUGGCAACUUCUCUCAACCAGCGGCUCAGCUCUGGGCACUGUGGGCUAUGUAUCAUGUCUGCAGUAAAAACCCCAGCGUGUACUGCAAAAUGUUAGCUGAAGAAGGAGGAUUGCAGUUUUUGUGUGAUAUCCAGGUGGACGGCCAGGCAAACCCACAAGCACAGCAGAUUGCAGUUUCCAUUCUACAGGACUUCAGGAUGCAUUUCACAAGCUAUCGGAGAUUCCCUCUGUGUUGAGUGUUCUUCCUGCACCCCAGGGCAGUGGAGAUGCGCUCUGUUCUGCAGACCUCCGGCCCUGUUGGUAAUUCAGUGUUGAAUGUUGGAGCUUAUGAGUUGGCUGUCUCAUUGGCUUUUUCUUUUUUUUUCUUUCUUUUGGUACUGGGGAAUCAAACUCAGGACCUUGUGCUUGC